CGGCAUGGUGAGUGUCGGUUACCGGUCCGAAAACACAGAUGCCUCUUUGGAGAGGCCGUGGAAAAGCUGUCCCUCAGCUUGACUCGCUGGCGGCAUGUCUCGACGCGAACGGAACUUAUAUUUGUACCGCAUUUAAUCCACGAUGCUACAUUAUCCAAAAGGUGAUCUCCACUCCUGGUGCAUUUGUAAAUACAAGCGCCGAUGAAGGAGAUGCUCAAUCAGAUUCGGAUGUCGAUUCUGAAUUCCAUACCAGCAAUGAUCGUCAACACCACUUCCAUCACCACGUUUCUAGUACAUUACCAACUGCAGUUGAGGGAUACGUGUACAUGAAUGGGGAUGUCGGCAAACUGCCUUCAGGGGCGGUCUACACAACCACCCCUGAUUGUACCGCUGCACAACUCGGUGGCUCGACAAUGCCCGAAUUUGUUGCAGUCAACGGGGUAGCGGAAGGAGCGGAGGCGCUCAGCCCCGUUCCUGUGUCGGUACCCCAGGAGAAUUUACCUCAGAAUCCUGCCUUAUCACUACCACAAUUAAAACAAAUGCUCUCGCAACAACUGGAAUACUAUUUUUCGAGGGAAAACUUGGCAAAUGAUACGUACUUACUAUCCCAAAUGGACAACGACCAAUAUGUCCCAAUAUGGACCGUCGCAAAUUUCAACCAAGUUAAAAAACUUACCAAAGACAUCAAAUUGAUUACUGAAGUAUUACGAGAAUCGCCUAACGUGCAAGUGGACGAAGAGGGUAUUAAAGUGCGGCCCAACCACAAACGAUGUAUUGUAAUUUUACGAGAAAUUCCUGAUCACACACCUCUAGAGGAAGUCAAGAAUUUAUUUUCGGGCGAGAACUGCCCUAAAUUUAUAUCAUGCGAAUUCGCGCACAACAAUUCGUGGUAUGUAACGUUCGAAUCGGAUGAAGACGCCCAACGUGCCUAUAGGUAUUUACGAGAAGAAGUUAAGGAAUUUCAGGGGAAGCCAAUCAUGGCGCGAAUUAAAGCGAAGCCGAUGCAUCGAAUGCCUUUGCCCACGACACUACCCACAUUCACCAAAAACGGUUUUCGCGUCACACCACCUCCCACUGCAGUAUACGACCCUGCUACUUUUCCUCCUGGGCAGCAGCGGUUCAUCUAUCCGAACGGCACCUCUGGACCACCUGCGACAUACUCCAAUCAAGUGCAUGUCUAUCAGUCUUAUCAGCAACAACCUUUUUACACGUCGGUUGUUCAGGCUUGGCCUACAGGAGGCCAUUACUACGAUAUCAGUAGUGUAUUUCAGGUAAAUGGGCUGGCCCCGCAGACGUUUAAGGCGCCGCCUUAUCGUUCCAAUAAUAGAGUAAGAAAGCAAAAUCGAACGUCGUCACAAGCUGAAUCAAAUCCGCAGGGAUCGUCCCAAAAUUCUAAUCAAAACAAUAAACAUAGUACCCAGGUGCCUCCGUCGGUUUCCCCCCAGGGGGUUAAAACUAAUACCACAGCAAUUACAAAAUCUCAGGUUUUAAAUGACUCUUCACGAAGUAGCAAUUCGCAACCAAGUGUUAAUAGUGAUGGUCAGGAUGCUCACUCAACAAAUAGUGUUCCUUUAGUGCUUGCAGGUGUGCAGCCGAUUGUACGAACUGAUGUAAUCGAGGACGGUACAAUUCUUUAUAGACCUUUAAUAUUGGCUCCAGUGCAAUUGAGUAAAGAACCAGUUCCGCCUAGGCAUCGCCGUAAACGUAAAGAUGAGGAAUCGGGACCAAGUAGUACACAAUCUGUGCCACCUUCUAAUCCACGCGAAGUAGUAAAUGCAGGAGCUCAAUUUGACUUGGAAGAUUCAGCAUUUCCGCCAUUGCCAGAACACUCGGGAAAUACAGUGCCAAUAAAACCGGGGCAGAUUGUGACCGUCAACUCUGAGAUAGUAGUGCCACAAAAUUGCUCAGAGCAGCCGCAGAAUUCCAAUUGGGGCGAAAAUAGGUUAGCCGACAUCGUGAAGGGUUCGGCUAAACCAAAAACAUCCAUUAAGGAGGCGAGUAGUGGUCCCGAAAGCGACUCUCCUAGGACGUGUUCACCUACAAAUGUUGCGCAAUCAAUUCAAAAUGGACCCGUGAAACCAAGUAACGCUUACACGAGUCCGGAAGUAAAAGAAUCUAUCACUAAUAAUGCUCCCGCUGUCUCUAUUUCUCAAAAUAGUCCAGCAAAUCUUACGCUUACGCCUCCUAACUCUCCUGAAAAAUUAGUUCCUGUAAUGACAGCUAAGUGUACGAUGGCAGAUAAAUCGACUAAAACAGAUGACGUCCUUCUGAAUGGUGAUUUAGAUGCCGCAUGUCCCACCACUACGAAUGCUGCCACCAUGACUGUCGCAAUUACAUGUGAAGCACCCACACGACUUAGCCAUGUAAGUGUAGCUGCUAGUACGAACAGUCGCGCUCAUCCUCCAUCCAAUCGACAAGAGCCCCGGCCGGAAAUCACGAAACAACCCAACUCGCCUCCACCUCCUCCAUUGGAAAAUUCGUGUAAUCCACCGCGCAUGAGCUAUGCACAAGUUGCACAACACCAAAAAGAACUUCGAGCACAAAAGGAGAAGAACGUUAAAGAGAAGGAGAAGACGGGCGAAACUCCUCCACAAAAUAAUAAGCAAGCAGCACCUCUCAACAAUAAUUCCACUACUGCCGGUGGCCGGGUACAAACAGAGCAACGAGACUGCAAAGAUUCGAAAGGUAGAUGUUGGUCAGCAAAGGGAGGGGUCGAGCCAGUCUCGUCACGGGUCGUCUAGGAACGGAACGAAAACCACAUACGACAGAUCCGGUCUACAACGCAGAAGACCAGAGCAGAGAACCUCUCAAUUGCGCGACUUUGUACCGUCUCGUUCGCCCAAGUAGCACAGGUUACCAACCGGUGCAGUGUAUGUGCUGCAAGCAAUGUGGAGCAGUGCUGUAUGAGGUUUUCAUAUAUUAAUGUUAGGUAUAUAUAAACUUGACGACACUGUCAUUGGCCAUAACAUAAGUGAAUCGUGGGUGUGACAUUGCCUGGACUCGAAAUACUACUGUCCGAAUUUUUUGGCAUUUACGUGUACAUGUACUUUAUGAUUUCACUUAAUUUCGUGCGAGUCAUGUUCCUAGCUCGAGAUACAUACUGUUGAAUUUUCAUACGUUUUAAAGGGAUUUUAGUACUGUAAAAUGAUAAGUAGUCGAUGGGUGGUUCUACUUAUGGUUAGCUCGCGCGUGCGUCUGUGAUAGGCCCUUGACUGUACGACUCACUCCAUUGCCUUCAGUUGACGCGUAUAUAACAGCAGUAAAAUAAUAGCAGUCGCUUUUAAAGCUUGUUGCUGACAGUUUCGCCGCUACUUGGUGACUUGCGGUCCUGUCAAAUUUAAUAUUAUUAUUGGUGCUCGAGGAAAUUAUCAUGCUUUGGUUUCAUAUCUGGCACAUUACUCGUGUAUUUUAGGACCAGUAAGACAUUUUCUAAUGCUGACGGGCGGGUAGCGCGUGUUUGUAAUUUCCGAGCAGUUCAUCUAAGGGUGUUGUACAGACUAAUGUUAUAGCAAAGUUAUUUUUGACAAAUAAUUACCGUAAUAUAUAAGCUGUAUAAGGGAGUGUAGGUUAGUGUAUGCUGCUGUUGGGUUUUUAAAUUAUAGUUUUGAUCGAUCCGGUUGCUUGGGUAGGUUACCACAGAAUAACAUCCCUCAUUUUUUCUUCGCGCGUAGAGAGAAAUUGGUAACGGAGUUUGACGAAAUAUGACAAAUACUUAUUUAAAUGUGAGUAACUGAUAGGCUGUGUAUGUAUAUAAAAAUUCUUAAUUUUGCCUUGUGAACGAAACUUCAUUGUGUAAAUAUUGUUAAAAGACGUAACCCGAGCAACUGGACGUGCAAAUACUUUCAGUUAUCAGUAUAUAUUAGGUUAUUUUAAGACUGUUAGCUGAUUAAAAGUUAAUAUUGUUACUUUGAUGGGAUUUCAAAUUUCUCAUAUGAUUGGGCAUGCAUCGAUUUAAACAAAAAAAAACGGUCGUAUGGGCGAUUAUGUUUUAUAUAAUGGCAACAACAUGCAAAUUGUACGUUUGCACAUGUUGGGUGUGUUUUAUAGCACAUUUAUAUGUAUAUUUAUCUUACAAUUACGGUUACUUUUGUGUGCAAAUUUCUGUAACUAUUGUUAUUAUUAUUAUUAUUAAUUAAUGAUGUAUAUGUUCUUAUGCAGGGUUAGGGUGUUACUAUUUUUUAUGCAGCUGAAACAUUUCCAACGCUUGUUGUUUCGAUUACGCCCGACAGAGAUGGCCAAACCGUCGCGUUGCGUAUAUUUUAUCCAAAAUAUAUUUAUAUCGUGCUUGCAUUCCAUUUUUGUCUGAGAUAUGUCGAAAGUUAUGCUUAUUAUUAAUGCGUGUCAUAUUCAUUUGGCUUCAAGAAAUCUUGACUAUAACUUUUAUAUUGUAUAUAUUUUGAAUUUCAGAUUGUAAGAAUAAACUCGAAUAGAUGUAGUGAACGCUCCUCGAUCCCUAGGCGAAAUAAGGGGGUUUGAUUGUGAUAGCAAGUUUUAUCUUUUGGUCUGCGUACAACAGACUACUUUAGAAUUUGGCAUUACCUACCGUGCCACAAAGUGUCUCACGACAAAAAUCUAGAAUCAUAUCUUCAUGAUCGGCCUAAAAAUCUGAUUUUUUUCAAGUCCGUAAAGUAUCCAAUUAGAUGUUUAUAGCAUAAUUUUAGAUGGCAUUUAACUACACAAAAACUCGCUUAGUAAACCAGAACAAUGCUUUUAAAGCUUCGAGUGCAACACUAACCAAUAACCAAAAGUAAUAAAUGUACUUAAAAAUAUCAGUCCCAACUUGGUGCAUUGUGGUAUGCGAAAUAUCAACAACUAACCGUAAAAACAUUUAUAUUGUGGCAUAUUAAAAAUUUGAUUAUCAGCCCCCUGCGAUUAUAAACAUCUUGUCUUGUCUCGAAUUUUGUACUGUGAUCCGAUUUGAGGCCCCGAAUUGACUAUAAAGCGAGUGAUAAUUGAGGUGAUACGGAACAGGACGCGCAUUGUUGCUAAUUUUGAUGUUUGUGCGAGUGCUUGCGGGCUUUUUUGAGGCAUUUUGUAGACUGACUUAGAGUGAGAAUUCGCGCCGUAGGUAUACGAGUUAACUAAUAGAACGUGACGCUUUGGCCACCUCGCGUUUUAUUAUUUUUUUCUUUCUUCCCCUGAAUUUGUUAUCCGCUAUCUGUAAAUCUUCUUUUAAGACUUUUUCGAGUGUGAUUAUCUGUCGACUAAGAGGAGAUGAUAUAUUGUCAUAUUUUUUAAUACUAGAUUCGUUUUAAGGUUUUAAUAGAAUGUGUUUUCAUUUUGCUAUUUGUUUUGAGAAGUUAUCCUAGUGUUUAGUUUUUAAUUUAGUAUUUUCUAAUUAAUGUUUAAGUAGCCUUCAAGUUUAAAUUAUUCGUUUAAUUUAAUAUUAUAUUCUAGUCGAUCAAAGAUGUAUGUUAUGUUUAUGCUUGAUUCUACUGUACAUUUAUAUUCCGGCGCAUGUGUUUUGUUUGAAUUACUUCGAGUUAUAGUGAUAUUUAAUUUUCGCAACUAACUGGCUAUAAAAUUCACCCAGAUUUUGACACACAACCAAAAUACACUCAAUUUGUUUUUAUAAUUACAGUGCUUCCAAUGACGAAGUGGUGUUCUGUGUAAUAUUUUAAUCGUUUUACAGUCUUAAAAAAGUUAUCGUUUCAUGUCGUAUACAAUCCGAGCUUUUUUAUAUUGAAAAAUUCCUCAUUUAAGUAACACCAAAUGAUUGGUAGAAUUAUAUUUCUUGUUGUACUCAGUGUCAAAUUCUAUAUCGUUAAAUGUGUACAUCUUGAAAGUGUAAAAAAAUUGUAUAUAAGAACAGUGAUUAAUUUAGUGAAUAGCAAUUUCUGUGAUCCGCAGCAUGGAUCAUACGAAAACCACCACGUAUUUAAAGAAUAGCCUCAUGUCAAACUUCAAUUUGUACGUUUCACAUUGUUAAAUCUAAAUAUUUUUAUAUACGAAUUAAUAAAUGUGGGGUGAGUCGCAAGAAUAUUUGCACGCUAGUUUAAAUUAAUGUUGUGACUUAUAUCUAAGAGAAAUGCCAUAAUGCAUAUCAUUUGGAGUUUUAAGUUAAGAUCGUAUGUGCCAAACAGUCGCACAUUAUAAUAGGCCAAAUCGGCUAAUCAAAAUGCCAAUUAUUUAAUUUCGUUAAUCAGUUUCGCAAUCAAAAUUGGCUUAAUACAACGUGAUGCGAUAUAGGUAAACUUUUUAUAUUUUUACAUGGUGUCUGAGAACGAAUUUCACUUACUAUAUUUGAAUAAGUAACGAACAUUAAUCUAGUAUUAAAGUUUAGUAGAUUUUUUAUUUUAUAUUCGCACUUGUCCCAAUUACACGUGUUUGCAUGGGGCUAUAUUUAAAUUUAUAUUAUCACAUUGUAAAGACUGUUGUAUAAAAAGUUAUCAGUAUAACGAAGAAAAAAAAUUGCAAAGGGUUCAAGAUUGUAGUAACACUGCUUUCAUACAUAAGAACAUAUUAUGAACAAAAGGAAAAAAAAAAUAAAAGUAGAGCUGUAUUCCUUAAAUUAUUUAUUUUAACAGUUAUUCGGAUAUGCAAUUGCUGUAUGCCAGGUGUCUGUCUGAUCAACUAGAUAUAUUUGCAAACAUUGUUUGUCUGCCUUAAUGCGUUAGUUUAUUUACAUAUAAAAUAAAUAUUGCAAAGCUCAUAUUACAGUGUGGUACGCCAUUGUUAUGUACAGAUGGAUAGGCCUUAAUAGCAAAACAAUGAACUCUGAAUGCUGUCGAUUUAGGUUGUUUUCUGUUGAUUAUUUGAUUGGAAAUAAAUGAGAAUAAAUUAUUUC